GGAAGGGGAGGGAGAGAGGGCGUGUGUGGCUGGGCUGUAUAAGGUGGUUACAGUUUGAAGAGGCGCUUUCAAAUCGGAGAAAACUUGAAUGGUGAAAGGCAAAGAAGGUUGGAAAGAAGUGUUUAAAGGCUUUUAUUUGGGGAAAAAAAAGGCAUUAGGGGAAGGCAAAAGGCAGCAGGACAGGUGGAUACACACAUUUGUCUUCAACCGCGAGACGAAGUGAGAACCGGAGCACACCAUGGAUUUUGUAAUGAAGCAAGCAUUGGGUGGGGCCACUAAAGACAUGGGGAAGAUGCUGGGUGGGGAGGAAGAGAAGGAUCCGGAUGCCCAGAAGAAGGAAGAGGAGCGGCAGGAGGCUCUGAGGCAGCAGGAGGAUGAGCGGAAGGCCAAGCAUGCUCGCAUGGAGGCAGAGAGGGAGAAAGUCCGGCAAACGAUCCGAGACAAGUACGGACUGAAGAAGAAGGAAGAGAGGGAGGCUGAGGAGAAGGCCGCCAUGGAGCAGGCUUGUGAGGGUUCCCUGACCCGCCCCAAGAAGGCAAUCCCGGCCGGCUGCGGAGACGAGGAUGAGGAGGAAGACGAGAGCAUCCUGGACACCGUUCUCAAGUUCCUCCCAGGGCCCCUGCAAGACAUGUUCAAGAAGUAAUGGGUUUGGAGUGUGGGCGGGGCAACUGGAGGCGGAGCCUGGGACUGGGGGUGGGGCUUAAGGGGAGGAAUGGAACUGGGAUAGGCUGCCGCCGAAUAUGGCCAUCCACAGCCUGAACGGGCUCUUUGUCAUUAUUUUAUACUGCCAGGAAAAGAAAAAGAUAUGACAGUACAUAAUCUCAAACCACACCGUAUUUUCUUGCUUGGUAGCCAGUUCAGAUUAUGCUUCUUCUUCAUUUUUAAUUUUUUUUUCAAAUCAUCCAAUUUUUCAAAAACCGACACCACUGGGGGGGGGCGGCAUCCAGGAAUCCCACUGUCGAGACGUGCCAGUGAAUCGGAAAAACCACCACAUUCGCAUGGAGGUCCGGACACUUGGGGAAGGCGGUGCUCACCUGAACCGUAGUGAAGGCGUCCAGGUCAGGGGGGAGGGUGAGCGCUUGUACCUCCUGCCGUCGUUCCUCUGAAAGGCGCCAAAUCUUUACCGCCAAACCACUUUAAGACCGAGUUCACAGCCUGUUGUUCAGUUCAACGGAUCGCUAUGACGUGAAAUUUGCUUUCGCCCGAUCCGUGCCUUCUUGUAUUUUCCCCCACGGAGGGACUGUUUUUUCACACGUAAAAGCACCAGGUUAGACAAACUGCUUUUUUGUUUCUAUUUGCCCGUGAGCGAUGGAGUCAUAGGACAGAAGUUGCGUGUAGAAGACGAAAAGAUUCCUUUUUUUCUGGAAGGAAUCUCUGCAGGACUUUUGUCUGGGAGCCUCAGUGGUUCCAUGAUCUCUCGCCUCAGAGACAGCUGUGAAGCCACCAAAGUUCAGCUGGGCUGUAUAAUCUGACAGCAAGGGGGCACUGCUGUGAACAAAGAGGUGAAGGACAGCAUUUACACCCAGCCACGGCGAUUUUAAGAAAAUAUUAGCUAGCAGUUUUUUUUUUUUUUUUUUUUGCCUUUGGGCUAAACCUGUUGUUUGAAAUUAUUCCGUAUUACUAACCACUUAUUUUUGUUGCCUGAACUCUUGUCUGCCACAUAUCUUCAUCGUUUAGCCAUCCAUCGAAAAGUACAGGCUAUAGCAUGCUGGCUUUGGAGUAGAAACAUCAACAGAUGAGCUGUACACCGUGAGUUUAAUCAUUUGCCUUCAUAUAACAACAGCCCAAAAAGAAAACAGGUGAUGACGAAUGCCAAGUCAAGAGUUUUCCCAAAGCAUCACUUUCACUUAUAAAAAUGCCCAAAAAAUGCCGUUUCGUAGUUUUGUAGAGGAAAAAAGAAUAACCGCAAUAUUUGCAUAUUAGUAGAAGUACAAUAUGAAUAUGUUCAGUAACUGAUGCAUGAUGGGAUUGGCAUUAACACAAACGGUAUCUCCUGUGCCCUCUGUAAGUGAUCUGUCUGUAUGUCAUUAGCAUAGUCAGGAAGACAAUCAAACAGCGCCGGCCCGUCUUAGGAAGGAGCUGGUGCCAAUAUCGUCUCAUUCACCUUGUUGCUUCUGUGUCUGUAUCCCUAAUAUUAAUAACAUUUUAAUUGGUAGGUUGUUGUAGACAUAUCCAGGGAAAAUUGCAUGCUGGAGUAAACCACUGACCAAGAAAAAAAUAAGUACUAAGUUUGGUGGACCAAUAUUUUUAAAACAAUAGGUAAACAAGACUUUGCUAGCUAUAUGUUUAUUGGCUACUUUUUGCCUUAGAGCAAUGUUGUCAUAACGAUUGUUAUACAUUUUUAUUCUCUCACUUGAUUGUUUUGGAGCCUGUGGCUAUUUUAGUUGAGCUCUUUGAAAUGUGAGGACUGUCGAAAUGGUGAGAUGAUGACGAGAAGCGUUCCUGCAGAUGGCAAACGCCACAUUCGAUGGACUUUAAUGGGGACCAAUUCUUUAGCGUUCGGUAGACCAAGGCCAAGAUGUGCCCGGGAAGGAGUGAUGUCAGCGCGGUUACCACGGAAAUGCUUACGCCGCCGCAGACACCCGUCCUGAAUGUUUACACACGAUCAUUUACCUUUUCUAAGUGACGAAACCAUACGUGACAUUACAUGUUUACCUAAGACAAAACAUAAACAUGCAUAAACACGUUUACAAAACAUCACAGCCGAUAGUUCCAUCCUUUAUGCCAUGUGCUAUUGUCACGGGUUAAAAAUAUAUAUAUAAGUAUUAGUUUGAUUUUUGAUUAUGAAAGGAAUUAAUUUUUUCUUCAUAUGUUAUGUAUAAUUGUAACUUUUUUUUAAAUAUCAAACAAUGCCUUUACCCAGCGACUUAAAAAUCAUCAUACAUUGAGCUUUUUUCAGAUUAACUGCAGAAACAGGCAUUUGAACAUUUAAAUAUUGAAUAUAAACUAGCUAUUCAUAGCUCGUGGUCAGCUGUGUCAUGUAAUGGGGGUGUGCUUCUAUCAUAGUCUGUAACACCAGCUGAAAAUGCAUUGAGGUUUGAAUUCACAAGCACCCAGACCAAAGAGAAAGAGACCUCGAGGUCCUCUCCAUCCAUCACAGGGUCAACCUCGGGGUUGGUUUUUGCUGAGACACGACGUUCACACUUACGAAAUCUCAGGUCCUGGUUCGCCUGAGCGGAUUCAUUUGGUCCACGGCUUUCCCUUAGACGCUGGUUACACAAGAAACGGCCCCUGAACAUCAUCUUCUCGUAACGGAAUCACUGCUUUCGCAUUGGUCCAUGUUGAAUGUGAUGACAGAAACAUGGAUAUCGUGGCCCCCUUGCCCAGGUCUCAAGAUUAUUAUAUGACAUUAUGUCAUUAUGUGUCUCUUAGCUAUGGCAGCGUCAGUCUGUUAAGAAGUCGAUGGCCCCCAGAGGGUCUAUCAGUGAACGAGUCCUAUUAACGGUAAAACCAGUUCCACUCUCUUGCUUGCAUCGCAACUUUGGUUCCAUUUGUUUACAUAUCUGUUUUUUUUUUUUUAAAUUGUACAUUUAGCCAAAACAUUGUCAGUCACAGAUGUGUUGGAGCAAAGAUGGCAAGAGCUGGAGCAAGGGAAGAGGGGGCAGGGGUCUAGACCCACGCUAACCAGUACCAAACUGGCACUUUCUGACUGGAAGAGCAGCUGGAUAAGAAUGACGACAUAUUACCCGGGCAAAACGUGUGUUACUUUGAAUUUCGUUUUGCUUUGUCGAACUUCUCACUAGCUAAAGCCAUAUCGUUUAGACUGCAAUAAUUUAUUAAAACGGUAAAAAGGGUAAAUUAGCGUGGAGGAUUUUUUUGGUCUUGUUUUCUGUAAAAGAAAACCUCUAUUACUAUGUACCUGUCCAUCUAACUCUCUUUUAUUAUAUAUUAUUAAUAUGUAUGUAUAUAAACAUAAAUGCAGUGCAAAUACAUUAAUUGUAAAAAAAAAAAAUAGUUUCUAGCAAGAACAGCGGUACUGUUGUCUGUGCGUGGCGUCUGUGUGUGUCCACAUGUCCGUCCGUGGUGUGUGUUCGGUUUGCGUCCCCGUUGUGUCUGUGAUGCCUUUAUCUGCCUGAUGUGCUCGACCACUGUCACAUGCAAGGGGUGAACUUUUAGGUGAUGAAUCACGGCCUGCGCUCAGUGUCUAGGUUCUAGGAACCCGAGUCAUAAGAGUUCAGUUAUUAUUAUUGUUAUUAUUACUAAUAAUAAUAGAGUAUGAAUGCAUCAGUAGGAUCCAGUGGUUGUUUGACAGUACUUAAUAAUGAAUGGCCCCCAAGCCAUUGUAAGUAUGCAGUUUCAGUUAAUGGAGGUGAUUAGGCUUAGCCUGCUUAUGGACACUCUUGCUCAUACUCGCUCCAAGGUAGAGAAUUAACACUCUCAGCUACCGAUGAAGUAAAGGAGUGAGGUAAAGCAGUGGUCCAACCUCUGCAUGCUUAGCUGUUGUUGUUUUCUCAUUUAUAAUUAAUGUGAUUAAUUAAUACGGAAACCGCUGAGGGUUGUUCAAAUGAAAUUCGCUAGCAGGUGUUGGCAAUCAAGCGCCAGUUAGGAAAUUGAUUGCUCAGAGUGUGGCUGUAUUGGAGUGAUUUAUGUUUUAAUUACUGGGUAAAAUGGCAAGUGAAAAAAGGCAGGCUAGUUUGGGCCUCGUCUGACAAAUAAGCUAUUAGGUGCAGUAGGAAAUCUCAAUGUUGUGUUUCAAAAGUGACAAGCAGUGCUAUUCCAGAUACCACCUGCUAUACAUCUAUUUAACUAAAGUUCAUUUCACUCUCAUGUUUUCUGUUUACACGCUCAUUCUGGAUAUUAGCAUAACAAUACAUCUAUUGUUGUUCUUUUUUUCAUACCAAGUACAAAUAUUCAUACUUCUUCAUCUCUCUGAACCAUGCAGAGUGUACUACACUCAUUUUUUUCAUCAGUAAAACAUGAGUGUGAAUAACAAUUGAACACGUAUGCGAUCGAGACGUCUCUGUGCGAGUCAUGGUACCACUAAAUCAUUAACGCAUUAGCAGCACAAAAAAAAAAACAAAAAAAAACCACAGUAGUACACUCCUGGGGGAAUAGGGCUGAUUUGGUCGGGUAAAAACCAGGCUACUGUUGAGCUUUGAGUUUUUCCACUCCGAUCCUCUUCGACGUCAACACCACGUCCAUGUCGUCUCAAGGAUACUGGCACUAACAUGUAGCUAAGCAGAUCUCAUGCCACUGCCUUGAGCUAUUGCUGUGAGUCAUGUUUGUUUGGGAAGGGAAAGAUCCCCAAAUUCAGUGCGUCAAAUGGACGCAACAAUCGAUUUUAUAUUUCUACAGAUGGCUGUUAAUCCCAGUUGCUUCACUGAUCUCCCCAAACUGAAACUGUUGUCCUUCCAGGCAAAAAGGGCUUGUUUCUCUCUGCGUUAGAAGGGAAGGACAACAAUCCAGGGCCAUGUGGGGGCGCCAAGACAAUAAAAGUCAACCACAGGGAAAUACCUUGGCAACCUAAUGGGGGGAGGAUAACCAUGCCUCAGAGGAAGACAAGAUAUUGGAUGAUUUUCAUUUAGAUUAUUUUCAAUGUCCAAUUUUUCUCUGAUCUCGUGACGAAAAGAUGGAUGAACGAUACAUUAAAAAGAAAAAGAAAAGUCUAGCGGAUAUCUCUAGAUAACUGAUAUGGAUGCUGGACUGUGGUAAUAACUUUGCCCAUAAAAUAGAAUAUAAAAAUGAUAUUUUAUAAAAUAUCAAAAUAAAUAAAAAUAUUAUUAGUAUUGAAAAUAGUAAAAUAAUAGUACGUCAAUACAAUAAUGCAAUGUAAUAAUAGGACAUGCAGGUUAAGUUAACACACAAUGAUAUCCUAAAUAAGGCCUACACAGAUAACCAUGGAAAGCCAAGUAGAUUUGCUCCUCCUUCAGGCCUAGCUGCCGUGAAGCCUCCUCUGACCGGAUCCCGAGCCGUGGACUCACAGUGCUUCUGCCCGCUACGUCAAGUAUAAAACUAAGCGGAAUAUAAUUGAGAAGGGCUAUUUCCGUCAUGUUUUCCAAACACCGUCACUGUCAGUGUCAUUGACAUGAACCAUGUUUUAACUCGCCAAGACCAGAGAAGAUGCCAGAGCAGGUCAUGGACAUCUCAGACUGAUCCUCAUCCAUGUACAUGGGAUUGUUGGGGGUGGGGGUCAUUUCAGUGUGUGUUUUUUUUUCCUCCAAGAUGUGGAAGACAAUGUUUUUAAAUCUUUACAGCGCAGGUUGUGGUCAUCUCAAACUAGACCUCAUCCAUAUAGAUGGGAACGGUGGUCACAUGUCGAGAUUAGGUGCUGUUUCUGCUCAGGGAGUGAAGGAAAUGAGCCAGAAAGCACGGGGCGACAGUGCAGAAGGCCGGAAAGUUCUAGCAUGUGACAGCGGCCACAAUGGAUGGUUGGGUCGCGGUUCACCCAGGCUGUGCUGGGCAGACGAGCAUGUCAGUGUAGCCGUCCUCUGUCUCGUGUCUGUGGCCGCUGGGUCAGAAUGUGAUAAACACACACAUUUCUUACCUCCCAAGUGCCACACAGAUGUGCAUCUUCUCUUCUCAAAGGAAACCAUUUUAUUCACGGUUUUAAACUCAUUACUCCUGUGACAUCCUCCUGAGACCCAAGGAAAAAAGUGUCCUUCAAUUUAAGUUAUUUGUCUUUGGAGGAAAUAAGACAUCUUACAAUUUAGAUUUUUUAAAAUUUAUUUUUAUUUUUAAUUUCACAGCAUGUCCUCUUUAGUGCACAACAGGAAUAAAUAUGUUUCCUAACAUCAGUGAAAAAAUAGAUGCAAAAAUAAAAUGUCCACUACAAUGGACAUAAAUGAAUGGGUGGGGUCUCAGGAGGAUACAGAGGUUCAUCUUCGACGACGUACAAAUCAAAUGCAAAAUCACCUGCCGUAAUGCCGCAUCGCCGUAAUUAGUCUGAAGGGGCUGUCAUUUAAAAGGUUUGCUUCACGGUGCACAUUUACUUCCAGCAUCACUGGCAUUUUUCAGAUUUAAAAACUGCUCAGAUACAAAAUGACACGAAAGAUUUAAACACAGGAUUUCUGAUAGGUUUUUAUGUGAAGAAAUUUUGUUGUACCUAUUAAGGCAAAUAUCAGACUUCCAUUCUUAAUGUGACAUGAUUAAAAGGAGACAUUUCAUGUUUGCUUUUAUAAAGCAGUUAGGAAUGAUUAUUUGAAUAGAUUUUUAAAAGACUCAUAUAUGGCAAAGUAAAAAAAAAACAGAAGUCAAUUUCAAGCUAAUAUUGCUUGAAAAUAUUUUUAAAAAUAUGAUUAAUAAUGAGCUUUAAACUUAGAAUAAUUUUCUCAUAUUUGCCUAAAAUGGUAAUUGUAUUCCUGAACGAUUUUAAGUAAUCAGAAGGUCAGUAAUAAUGGUUUUCUGCAUUUGAAAAGAAAAAUCUGGCCUAUUCACUGUUUGUUUUUCCUUAGAAAAUCAUCUAACCAUUCAGAUAACAACGCUCAAAUCCACACCUGUUACCAACAGUAAAUUCCUAACGUGAGCUUAAAUGUUGUUUUUUUUUAAUCCUAAUAAACAGCAUGCAAAAAGGCACUUUAAAGCUACUGUCAGACUGAGCGAGGAGGAACGACAUGCAGGAAUGCAGUAUAUGUAGCAUGAAGAACGUUCUUCAUGCUCUGAUGGAGGGUGAGGAAAUGAGGCCGUGUCAACCAGAAAAGAAGGAACAUUCCAGAACACCUGCCAAUAUCCGAAACCUUUCAACUUUAUCAUCUGUCGGAAACGAAAUCGUCGUUGCGAAUCGUUUGUAUUUUAAAUCCAUCGAGACUAGGCUUUCUGCAUUAGGGGUUGGAGAAUCAGCAGGAACUCUACAGUGCAUCUUCUGGUGAGCAUGUUGGUGGAUUGUCAAUAUCUACGUCAUACAUUACGUCAUACUCUCCGUCAUACUCUACGUCGCUUCUCUCGUUUUCUGCUUUUACGUUACGGACUGAACGGGUCGGGUGCAUGCUUCGUUAAUUCGCUGUAUUUAUGCAAUCUACGCAUCGCAGAAAAUACCACCGAUCUAUUCCAAACCACGCACAUAUCUAAACUUUCGACUUAAUAGACUUUAGAUUUUUUAGAAGCUUCAAACACCAUCACUAUUAAAUCAUCGUUCUCUAAAACUGCCCGCGUCUGAGAUUUAUUAUAAAACCGUUGCUUUUUUUGCGCGCGACAAGCGGAAGUACGAGUUUACAGACUACUUUUCUGUCGUUGCGUAACGAGAUUUUUGGGAACAUAGCGUCAGACUAGCCACGCUUCUGUCCUGCCAAAUUGACCUUGCUGUCUGAUGCAAACACUGUGCUUCCUUUCCCGCAUAGAAGGAGCAAAUAUUUGAUAAAAAUAAUAAUAAAAAAAAACAUUUCCUUCGUGAUAUCUUCUGUGGCUUAUCUAGAUAGUGACAGAACAACACGGACCUGCAGAAGACGAACUGUCCCCACACGAGGAGGUGACAAUAAACAGGGAUCUGUGCUACAUUCCAGUAUCUUUCGGUUUGCACUAAACUCUUUGAUCUUUUCUUGACCAAAAUGAAGAAAACGAUCGGUUCUGAUGUCUCAAACGUCCCUUUGAUUUUCCUGCAAGCACUCUUUUGCAUUAGUGAGUUUGUGACAUUUUAACUGUGACUCUGAUAAAGUUGAAAGGAUGGUUUGAGGUCAUAAUAUAAAAAGAAAAUAAAGUGAAUAUGUAAUGUUUUUCCUAAAUCAGCCUGAGGGAUGCUUUUUUGUAAUUACUUUUGUUUUAUUUUGUGACUGGGAGAGGAAAAUAUAAGAUGAAAAUUCUUUUUUUUUUUCAUUUACUGCAUGUCAUAUAUUGUAUGUGGAACCAAAUCACUGUAGAAUUGUCACAUCUAUGGAGCUUAACUGUACUUUUUCGAUAUUAAAAGCAUAAUUAAAUGAAUAAAGUGGUUUCAUACAAACAUAUUCUGGGUUAUCAUUGAUAAAUGUAAAGGUGACUUGUCAUGAACAUAUAAUUUACGGUACUUGUAAUGCCUAUAAGGGUAUAUCUGAGAGAAACAGAAUAUAUCUUAAUUAUAAGUAUUUAAAACUAUACAGGAUUUCAAAAUGAAUCCUAUUUAUUUCCGCUGUCAUUUUCUCACCAAGGCACAAACUGGAUGGAUGAUGUUACAUGGUAAUAAAACAUCCUAUGAUAAAAUAUGUACUUAAUAAAAUGUAUUUUGCUUGGCUGUAUAUAUUGCAUGUCGACACGGUGCAACAUAUCAAAGUUGUCAAGCUGCAUUUCAGCGGUUGUCCUCACUGUGCACACUUCCUGUUUGGGAACCUAGUGAUUAUCAUCCAUGGCACAUUUCUCAUUAUAAAGUUAGAAACUAAUUAUGCAAUUAUUAUUU